AUGUACACUAGGGACGACAUCAACGCUUACAAGGACACACUCAACGUAGCACUAGAGAAACUCACGGAUGGAGCAAGCAAGAAGCGGAUAGUAGGCUUGCGCAUUAUACGCACCGGGACGCUCCUGGAGCUGGACUCUGCAAAAUCCGCUAAGUGGCUAAAGGAGAAUAACAGGUGCGCAGAGAUGGUAAAGGAGGCUUACACCUCGAGAGAAGAAGAAACAAAAGUCAUCCCUCGCGCGCACGAGCUGAUGGUACGCUUCGUCCCUGUGGACUUCGACCCCCAUGAAGAGGAAAGCCUGCACUCGGUGGAAUUGGAGAACGGCCUACCGCCACACUCAAUCAUCUCUGCAUCCUGGAUCAAGGACCUGUCAAGGAGGUACGAAGGACAAGGAUACGCCAAUGUCAAAAUCAACUGCGCCUCACCCGAAGUAGCCAACCGCAUGAUCCUUGGCCCCACAAGAAUUGGUAACCACUCUGUCAAGGUGCAAAAAGAACAUCGGUUAGUACCCAUCUGCGCCAAAUGUUCUCACCAUGACCACUUCCUGGCGGCAUGCAAGGCGGAGAGGUUCACCUGCCGAUUCUGCGCGCAAGAGCACAGCUCUCGGGACUGUCCGGACAAAACGCAGACCAAAUGCACCCCAUGCGGGUCCAGCCAACACUCCUCCGGGGACGAAAGGUGCAUAGAAAGCAAGUCCAGACAGGACAGGCAAGCGGAACAUGCGCCAGAAAUGAGAUCCAAAUUCUUCUUCACCAAGGACCAAUGGACAUAUAACGAGUCAAUCAAUGCCCCAUGGAACUCAGGAUACCUGUGCCCAGAGAUCGAGACCGAGACCUCACAAGAACAAGCAGGCAAGCAGCUCACAAUGGCGGCUGCCAAUGCCUCACAGGGAGUCACCAACAAGUCCAGAAAGAUCAACCAGACAAGAAACCGACAGAUAACACUUGCCCAAUACAGCAUCCCAAUGCAAGCCGCACGAAGCGUCCAGCACCCCGGGCCAACUCCCAAGACCCAAACCACCCCCAAUUCAUCGCAAGAAACGACCUCUUCACCAUCCUCACUGCCCCCCGCUCAAACCCAGCCAUCCAUCGCGACCACCUCACCGGAUGACUGGGACGUUAUCGCAAUCCAAGAACCAGCACUCAACUCCCUCGGCAACACUCGGGCUAACAGGAAAUGGCAGUCGUUUUACCCAUCCACCAAGGCUCACGAAGGCCACGGCAGAAUACGUGCUGUAAUGCUAGUCAGCACAUGCGUCGGUGCGUGCAUGCAGAUAGACGUCGAUUCAAGCAACAUUGUAGGAAUAAGAGUGGGUACCACAUCGGGCCUCUGCACCAUCUACAACAUCUACAAUGAAGGCACCAGCAACGAUACAUUGGACCAGCUCACCCAACACCUCGAAACGCGCAAUACAUCAACAUGGGCCAACCGGCUCGAAGUAUGGCUCGGGGACUUCAACAGGCACCACCACACCUGGGAGGGGGACAACAACCGUCACCUACGCAGUUUGACCGACACCAUCACUCCGCUACUCAACCUGAUCAUUGAACACAGCAUGCAGCAACUCCUACCAGCCGGAAUACCCACACGAGAGGAGAACGGGAGUCAAACUAGGCCAGACAAUGUGUGGGCAUCAGACAAUAUUGUCCACCGACUCGUAGAGUGCAAUACAUGGCCAGACCUUUGUCCAACAACAAUGGACCACAUCCCAAUCGCCUCCAUCAUCGACCUCUCAGUUGCGAAAGUGGCCAUCAUGCCAAGGCCAAACUACAGAAGGACAAACUGGGAGAAAUUCCGGGAAGGCAUGGAAGACGCAGUCAAGAACGACCCAAGACUGGCAAUCGAACCAACGCGCCCUGAGGAGCUGGAGCAGCUUGUCGAGCUACUCACAGGUUACAUGCAGACAAAGCUCAAGGACACGACCCCGCUCAGCAAGGACCCAACAUUCCGCAAGCCGUGGUGGAACAAGCAAUGUCAGGAUCUUCACAAAUGCAAAUGCCAAGCAUACACAGAGUCACGGUACUGGCAAGCAUCCCCAGCCCACCCAAGUCAUCAGUUUUACAAGGCACUGUGCCAAGAGAUGAAGGAGAUGGUACAAAGGAGCAAGGAGGCAUUCUGGUGGAAGUGGAUCGAUGAGGCAUCUGACACCGACCUAUGGAACAUCAACCGCUUCAUCAAGCGAGGUGCCAAGCUGCUUUUCUCGUCGUCAUUCUCGCUUGGUCAACAUUUCCGUUUAAUCCUCGAUUGUUUUCUUGUCCGUCACGACACGUCCUAG